UUUUUUUGACUUUCCCCACAUCACGUGUGAGUCGUUCCCUUUGUUCAAAAAUAAGAAUGACUGGAAGAGGGCGAAACAGAAAAACCCUAUAGGAAAAUAGUCAAAUUUGACUGUAAUCAUAGUAUAUUCAGAACAAAUAACGACAUAAAACUUAUAUAAUAUAUCAUCAGAGAUCAGAGAGUAAGAGAGAUAUGUCAUCAAUACCACCUAGACCUAAACCUUGGGAAGUUUCUUCAGGAACUUCUUCAGCUUCAGUAUCAGGUGGAGAAGCAAUUCCUUCAGCAACAAAUAUAGAUACUUCAGGUAUAGGAUCAAUAGCAAAUAAUGCUGCUGCUAAUGCUGCUGCUGCCUUACCCGACAGACCUACUUCCUUAACUUCAGACUUCAAUAACAUGGCCAAUAGCUCUCCAUAUGGUACAGCUAAUACUACUGGGUAUGGAGGAUAUGGAUCACGAUAUGGAGCUGGUGGUGGUUAUGGAUCUUCAAUGUAUGGAAAUAGUUCCAUGUAUGGUAGUGGAAUGUAUGGAAGUAGUUAUGGUGGUAUGGGAAGUGGAUAUGGUAGUAGCAUGUAUGGUAUGGGUGGAGGAUAUGGAAGUGGAAUGUAUGGUAUGGGAAGUUAUGGUGCAGGAGGAAUGUAUGGUCAACCUGGUAUGAUGGGACCUGGAGGAGGUCCAGGUAUGUUAGGUGAAGGUACUCAAGCUACAUUUCAAUUAAUCGAAUCUAUAAUAGGGGCCGUAGGAGGUUUUGCUCAAAUGUUAGAAGCAACUUAUAUGGCUACUCAUUCAUCAUUUUUCACUAUGGUAUCAUUAGCUGAACAAUUUGGAAAUUUAAAAAAUGCUUUAGGCUCAUUAUUAGGUAUAUUUGCAUUAAUUAAUCUUGUUAAAAAAGUAUUUCAUAAAAUAACAGGUAAUACUUAUAAUUAUGGUAUAAAUUUAUCUGAAUUUUCUAAAUUUGAAAAACAACAAAAAAAACUCGAAGAUAAUAUUAAAAGACAACAACAAGGUAAACCCGCUAGAAUGUCUUUUAAGCCAUUACUUAUUUUCUUAGCUGCAUCGAUUGGAUUACCUUAUUUAUUAAGUAAAGCCAUUCAAAGAAUUAAUGAACAAAAUCAACGUAAAUUCCAACAACAACAACAAUUAAUGGGUCCAGGUAAUGCAAAUGGUGCUGUUGGUGGUACUUUAGAUCCAUCAAGUUUACAAUUUGCAAAGACUUUAUAUGAAUUCAAUCCAGAAAAUCCAGCCAUGGAAAUUGAAUUAAAACCAAAUGAAUUAGUGGCCAUUUUAUCAAAACAAGAUCCAUUAGGUAAUGAAAGUAAAUGGUGGAAAGUAAGAUCAAGACUGGGUAAAGUUGGUUAUGUGCCUCUGAAUUAUCUUAGUGUGAUUGAAAGAAAGAGUCAACAAAAACAAGUUGAUUCAGUUCCAGCCCAACCCCAAUCUCAACCUCAAGUCAUAUCACAAGCUGAUAAAGUUCAAGAAUUUAAUGAAAAAGGAGGAUUAUCUGUGGCUGAUUUUCAAAAAUUUCAAAACUAGAUAGAUUUAAAAAAAAAUACUUUCUUGUACUUAUAUAUAUCCCUUUGCAUUUAAUUUUAUUUAAUUUAUUUAUUUAUUAUUCAACUUUUUUAAUUCUACAUUACGGUCCAUUUUCAAUUU